GCGGGGCCGGCGGUGGGAGCGGGCGGGGGACGCCGCUGGGGCCGGGGAAUGGGCGCGUAGGGAGCGAGGAAGGAAGGGAGGAGGGGAUCGAGCGAGCAAGAAGCGAGCAAGCAAGCAAGGAGAAGAGCCGGACGGAGAUUCCCGCCCGGCGCCCGAGGUAGCCGCCCCCAUCGGGGUCCCCCUCCGCCGCCUGCGGGCUGCGCGCCCCUUCCAUCCGCCCCAGGGCUCCGCCGCCGGGAUGAGCAGCUCGCGGAACAACCGGGUGAUGGUGGAAGGAGUCGGGGCCCGGGUGGUCCGCGGCCCGGACUGGAAGUGGGGGAAGCAGGAUGGCGGCGAGGGCCAUGUGGGCACCGUGCGCAGCUUCGAGAGCCCCGAGGAGGUGGUCGUGGUGUGGGACAACGGCACCGCCGCCAACUACCGCUGCUCCGGGGCCUACGACCUCCGCAUCCUGGACAGCGCGCCCACCGGUAUCAAACAUGAUGGGACUAUGUGUGAUACUUGUCGGCAGCAGCCCAUCAUUGGCAUCCGAUGGAAAUGUGCUGAAUGCACAAAUUAUGACUUGUGCACAGUUUGCUAUCAUGGGGACAAGCAUCACUUGAGGCAUCGUUUUUACAGAAUUACCACACCGGGAAGUGAAAGGGUAUUGUUGGAGUCUCGACGUAAAUCAAAGAAAAUUACAGCAAGAGGAAUCUUUGCAGGUGCCAGGGUGGUGCGAGGAGUUGACUGGCAAUGGGAAGAUCAAGAUGGUGGCAAUGGGCGUAGAGGAAAGGUGACUGAAAUCCAAGAUUGGAGCGCGUCGAGUCCACAUAGCGCAGCAUAUGUUCUUUGGGACAAUGGUGCUAAAAACCUUUACAGAGUUGGAUUUGAGGGCAUGUCUGACCUGAAAUGUGUUCAAGAUGCAAAAGGAGGCUCUUUCUACAGAGACCAUUGUCCUGUGUUAGGUGAGCAAAAUGGUAACAGAAACCCUGGUGGGCUGCAAAUAGGUGACCUUGUAAACAUUGACCUUGACUUGGAAAUUGUGCAGUCUUUGCAGCAUGGUCAUGGAGGAUGGACUGAUGGCAUGUUUGAGACUUUAACAACAACUGGAACGGUUUGUGGCAUCGAUGAGGACCAUGACAUUGUAGUACAAUAUCCAAGUGGCAACAGGUGGACAUUUAAUCCAGCUGUUCUCACCAAGGCCAACGUUGUCCGAAGUGGAGAUGCUGCUCAAGGUGCAGAGGGAGGAACCUCUCAAUUCCAAGUGGGAGACCUUGUGCAAGUGUGUUACGACCUGGAGCGAAUCAAGCUUCUCCAGAGAGGUCAUGGAGAGUGGGCUGAGGCAAUGCUUCCAACUUUAGGUAAAGUAGGUCGGGUCCAGCAGAUUUAUUCAGACAGUGACUUAAAGGUAGAAGUUUGUGGGACAUCUUGGACCUAUAAUCCAGCAGCUGUCUCGAAGGUGGCAUCAGCAGGAUCUGCUAUAAGUAAUGCAUCUGGUGAGAGAUUGUCCCAGCUAUUGAAAAAAUUAUUUGAAACCCAAGAGUCUGGAGAUCUCAAUGAAGAAUUGGUUAAAGCUGCUGCCAAUGGAGACGUUGCUAAAGUGGAAGACUUGCUAAAGAGGCCAGACGUGGAUGUGAAUGGGCAAUGUGCUGGACACACAGCUAUGCAAGCUGCAAGCCAGAACGGCCAUGUCGACAUUUUGAAGUUGCUUCUGAAACAGAACGUGGAUGUAGAAGCAGAGGACAAGGAUGGAGACAGGGCUGUCCAUCAUGCAGCCUUUGGUGACGAGGGUGCUGUGAUUGAGGUUUUGCACCGCGGCAGCGCAGAUCUCAAUGCUCGCAACAAGCGCAGGCAGACUCCACUCCAUAUUGCUGUCAACAAAGGUCACCUGCAAGUUGUCAAGACUUUACUGGACUUUGGCUGCCACCCCAGUCUCCAGGAUUCUGAGGGAGACACUCCACUUCAUGAUGCAAUAAGUAAAAAGCGUGAUGAUAUCCUUGCUGUACUCUUAGAAGCUGGAGCAGAUGUUACUAUCACCAACAACAAUGGGUUUAAUGCUCUUCAUCAUGCUGCACUAAGAGGAAAUCCUAGCGCAAUGCGUGUGUUGUUGUCCAAGUUACCACGACCAUGGAUUGUUGAUGAGAAAAAAGAUGAUGGUUACACAGCCUUACAUCUGGCAGCUCUUAAUAAUCAUGUGGAAGUGGCUGAACUUUUGGUGCAUCAGGGCAAUGCUAACCUGGAUAUCCAGAAUGUUAACCAGCAAACUGCUCUUCAUCUUGCUGUUGAACGACAGCAUACGCAAAUUGUUAGGCUCUUAGUUCGUGCAGGUGCUAAAUUGGAUAUUCAGGAUAAAGAUGGGGAUACUCCCCUGCAUGAAGCCCUGAGACACCACACCCUGUCACAGCUCCGGCAACUCCAAGACAUGCAAGAUGUGGGCAAGGUAGAUACUGCUUGGGAGCCAUCAAAGAACACAUUAAUUAUGGGACUUGGCACUCAAGGAGCAGAGAAGAAGAGUGCUGCAUCUAUUGCCUGCUUCCUGGCGGCCAACGGGGCUGACCUCGGCAUUCGCAACAAGAAGGGUCAGUCCCCUCUCGACCUCUGCCCUGAUCCAAGUCUCUGCAAAGCAUUGGCUAAAUGUCACAAAGAAAAAGUCAGUGGCCAGGUUGGUUCCCGAAGUCCAUCUAUGAUCAACAAUGAUUCUGAAACCUUAGAAGAAUGUAUGGUGUGUUCAGACAUGAAGAGAGACACUCUGUUUGGCCCAUGUGGCCACAUUGCCACGUGUUCCUUGUGCUCACCACGGGUGAAAAAAUGCCUCAUCUGUAAAGAACAAGUUCAGUCUAGGACAAAGAUUGAAGAAUGCGUAGUAUGUUCAGACAAAAAGGCAGCAGUGCUCUUCCAGCCUUGUGGUCAUAUGUGUGCCUGUGAGAUUUGUGCAAGCUUGAUGAAGAAAUGUGUACAGUGUCGGGCAGUGGUUGAGCGAAGAGUGCCUUUCAUAAUGUGCUGCGGAGGGAAAGGUACAGAAGAUACCAGUGAUGAUAUUUCAAGUGGAAACAUUCCAGUUUUGCAGAAGGACAAAGACAACACUAAUGUCAAUGCAGAUGUACAGAAGCUGCAGCAACAGUUGCAAGACAUCAAGGAACAGACGAUGUGUCCGGUGUGUUUGGACCGCCUGAAGAACAUGAUCUUCCUGUGUGGCCACGGGACGUGCCAGCUGUGCGGAGACCGGAUGAGCGAGUGCCCCAUUUGCCGCAAGGCCAUCGAACGGAGGAUCCUUUUGUACUGAGCAGGGGCCAGGGUCUUUUUUACUAGGUUGGCAAAGAGUAAGGACAUGUUGAUGCUUUUAAGCCUCUGUUAGUUUGGAAGGUAGGAAAGGGUUCUGAUGAAAACAUUUCUAAUACUGUAGCACAGGUUUGUUACAUAGUAAUUGUUUAAAGACUGUGAACACACCAAAUAAAAGAAACAGUAUUUGAACAGUCAGCUUGUAGCUUUACUCUUAAAAAACAUCUAACCCUAAUGCUGAUUUAAAGCAGUCUUUUUUCAGUUUGUUUCUGUCUUCUUCUUCCCCUUAAAGUUUAAAGGAACAAUCUUAUUUUGGUUUUGUUCGUGUGUAUCAUGUAUGUAUCAGAUGUCAAGUGAUGUAAGGGAAUUUUUUUUAUAUUGUCUGUUACUACCAAACAUAAAUAUUUAGGAUUUUUUUUUUUUUUUUUUGCUUUGAGCUUUCUGGAGAGUGUCAACAUUUCCUGUGACAGUUCUGAUUCACAAUUAAUUUCUGUCUUGAAAUACACAGUCAUGAAAAAUCAGUACAAAAUAUAUACACUGUAAUAAUAGAUAUACUAUUCCCAUAAGGUCAUGCCUCAGAAUGCAAUGGUAGGGGUAAUUCUGACUUCAUCAUGCCCUUUGUUCCUGAGGAUGGGUUGUGUAGGAAACAAUAAAAAGAAAAAUCUGUCUUAGAAGCAUUAUGUUUCCAAAACCGCACUUUGAGCUAACAGGUUCAAGCUAAGUAACUUAAAUAGCAAAUGUCUUAAUUCUGCUAAUACUUUGUAUGGAAUUGCUUUUAGCUUGAGUGGAAAGGAGAACAUUUGAGCAGUGGGUCAGUUACCCCUUUUAGAUGAGUGAAUUUCAUCUGUUGUGUAGAAACGCAUACAUGCAGAGACAUUUAGAAAUUGUGGGUCUGUGAAUUCAGAAAAAAGAGACUUUGCAAAAUUUCCUUUCUUUUUAAGUGAGUUUUAUUGUCUCCAGGCAAACAGUGUCAACAGCAAAAGAGAAUAUUUAAUAUUGAUUAUUCAUCUAAGUGGGGUGUUAACACCAGAACUUAUCUGUGAGCAUUACUGAAUAAUACUGCAAAUGAAGAUAUUGCUGACAGAACAGUGAAUUUUGUGAGCUGUGCCUAGUUGAGCUGAAUUUUGCUGAAGGAGUUUCUUGUCCCUGAUAUGGUAAAAAGCUGUUCCACCUGACCUCCAAAAUGCUACUGUUAGGGACUGCAAACUAUUAACAUUUUGAAAACAAAUAUAUCCUUUCAUCCUUUUUAGUGGUAGAAAAUACACUGAUUUAAGGACCUCUUGUAGCUAAAAGGAAUCUGUGCUUGCUCCUAAGUGAUUUGACUGUUUUCUGAGUGCACAGUUCAUGUAGCCCAUUGCCGUUGUGCAGACUUCAUUUGGAUGUGCUCUUGCAGAACAUGAAAGAAAUUCGUGCUGGAGUUACUUAGGUGCCUUACUUGCAGCUAAGAUGAAUUUAUCAUUGAAUUCUCAUUGCAUAUGUCUAAAAUGUGGAUAAAAGGAUAGUUCAGGGAAAGAUCCAAGUAAGGAUAAUGUUGUAAUUGUGGUCUUUGCAGAUAAAUCAAUCUGUCUUCUGAAACUGAUGUUGAUAUACCUGAACUGUGCAAAUAUUGGCAAAUGUCUCAGAAGACUGUUAGUAAUAAACUGUAAAGAUAGACAAACCUUUAAGCAAUAAGAUUUAAACACUGAAUAAAGUUUUCCAGGAAACAAGUACAGUGAUAUAUUGGAAAAGUGUAUGUAGAGGGGCUUUUAACACCAUGAAGUGGUGUAAUACACAGCCUUACAAUAGCCAUCUUUAAUCCUCCUCCAGCAUUCCAAAUGUUCCUCAUUAUUUUCAGCAUUCUGUCAUUGGACACAAUCACAAUCUGGAGUCACUGUAGUAGUCUGGUUUAUUUUGUAUACUAGUAGUCAUCUGGUCUCAGAUAAUUGUAUUCUUGACCAAAUGAAGCAGGCUUCCCUUUUUUAGCUUAUCGAUUCCUAUUCAAAAAUAGCAUAAUUUCAAGGAGUUUUGGAAAGUUUUUGAUGUAAGACCUUUUUUCAGUUCAGCAUUUUGGGUAUCUCCACUUGAAUUUUGUGUGCAUCUGAGUGUUCAUUGCACUUUUCAUUUGCACAACAUGCAUGUUACUAAGGUUUUUGGGUUUUUUGGUAGUUUCAUGGGGUUUUUUGGUAGCAUGUUUUACAGCUGAACUUUCUAUAGUAGGCUUCCGUUUCUUGUCAGGCUUCCCCUGGAAAUACUUCUGUAAUAGGAUGUGCCAUUUGAUGAUCCAUUCUGAGUUUUAGCCUGUCAUCCAUCAGAUUUCUACCUUGAUUUCCUUUGUCUCUGGCAGACAUAUUUUGUCCUCUUCAUUCUUUAGGGGAACCUCUGCAAACCUGGCUAUGCAGAUGCAGGGUGGAUCUCUUCUUGAUAACAACUCAAAACUGAAACCUCAGUAUAGCAGUUCACAUUUUCCUGACUCUUAGUUGCUGGAACAGGCCAGAAUUACUUGAAAGUAUUCCAACUUAGCAUCAGCUUAAUAAUUCAGCUGAGUUAGAACAGAUCUGAAGCAUCCUGGGUAGGAAACUGGAUGUAAGAUGUAAGUUACUGCUUAACACCCUCAGUGCUUGAAUCACACUCCUAUGGAAAUGGAGACAAUGACUGAAGGUGUUGCUGUAGGAGCAGCUUUAGUAUCCUAUACUGCGCUCAAGGCAGAUGGAUGUGACUGCAUAGGAGUUUGUGAUUGGACUCAUUCAGCAGUGUUAUGUGCUGGUUGAGACUGAUCUGUGUCAGCUUGAUGGUGACACAGAAAAACGACUAUUUUAGUGCCAAGAAAAACAACUGAAUUAUAAAAACUAGGAAAGCUAACCAAGAUGCUUGAUUUAUUUAUAUAGGUCUCUUAUUGACAGGAGGAAGAGCUGUAUCACGUCUGGAGAUGGCGAUACAGUUUGCCUUUCAAAAAAACUUAAAGAGGAAAACUGCUUGCAAAUCCAAUAUCAUUUAUGGAAAUAAAUAUUUAUAUUCAGACUCUCUCUUUUCAUUCAGGUGCAGAAGGUGAGCCAGUGUUGUUGAGGAUCCCAGUAAGCUCAUUUGCUUUAUUUUGUGGUUAUCUGUGCACAGAGUGUGAAUGUUUCAUUGGAUAGCACAUAUUUGAAGGAUGAGAAGUUCACUUGAAGGCCAAAGGGGAUCAUAACAAGUAGUAGAGUUAAGGAAAUACCACUGUGCUUCUGUCUUCAACAAAAGAUUAAAGUCUAAAUUUCACCUGAUCAAAGUGAAAAUUAGAAAAAUCAGUUAGGCAUUUAUCUCUUAAUUUAUUGUAAAGUCGUAGAAUGUAAGGGUUGUAAGGUUUGUUAUGUCUAUUCCCCAGCAUUUAAUAACAAUUUUGAAAUGAAAUGGAAUGAAAUAUCUCCAUUUGUUUCUUGAAACAAGUAACAAGACACAUAAAAAUAUGUAUUGUUCAGUGUGAGGUAUGCUCAGAUAUUUAAGUAAAAUACUUUCUUUUCCAUUCAUUAAGGGACAUAGGCAGUCACAUCACUAUGCAGUGAUUUAAAAUGUAAAGACAACCUAGGAGGUUAACAGAAUAAACGAAAUAGUUGUAGAUUGUUAACUUUUGUAUAACUACCUUUGACUUUUUUUCCCCUCAAAACUUGUAUCAUCACUUAUUGUGGCCAAGGCUUAUAUGGCACUUCUCAAAAUCUGGGCUGCUAUUGCCUACUUUCCAUUUGUUGGAUUACUGUGUAUUUGUACGUUGGGGUUUGGAGAAAUCCCUUUUUCCUGAAGUGGAUAAUAAAAACUAGACUGGUGAGAUAGCAAACAAGUUCCUUUCUAAAUGUGGAGGUUUGAUUAGAAGGUGAUAUUCUUAACUUGGACUGGGUGAGAAUAUAGCAGAUUUGCACAAGUACUUGUGCCUUUUUAGCAUAAUCCUAUAAUUGGUAUUUUAGCUUCUUUUGAAGACCUGAAGUGGUCUUUUAAAAAUAAUUGAGUACUUAUUGUGUAGAUAUUUUCUAGAGAUGAAGGUUUAUGUACGUGUAAUUAUCUUUAGCAGUAUUAAUUACAGUUAGUAUAAACACUAAAUUGUUUGAAGAAGCUGCUUUCAGCUAGUGAUCUGAGCUUCCUCUACAAAACUAAUUGUGAGAAAUUUAAUUUUACUCUUCCAGUAGCAGCUGGUGAACCGAAGAGCCUAUCCUGUUCUUUGUGCUGCAUGGGUCAAGUUUUCACUUUAAAAAACCAAACCCCAACAACACUACAGUCUAACCUUUAGCAGUGCUACCUCCUUUCUGUCAAAGUGCUGAAUUCUUCUCUAGCUGUUCGUUGUCUUUGGGAAGGGGUGGGGAAUGCAUCAGUUUUCUUUUGCUUCAUCAGUUUUGAUGUCUGAAUACAUUGCAGAGGUUUUUUUACUUUAGAAAAUUACUGUGUAAAUUGCGUACAAUAGCAGUGUGUGAUUUGGCACAAAGUACAUUGUAUACAGUGCAUAAGUUCCUGGAAUUCAUACUGUUGUCUUUCUGUGCAUUUCAUACUUUGUUUGUGUUGACAAAGCUAAACUGUUGUCUGCAGAAGCUUUAGUGUGUGCCAUUUUUAUAGCUCAGCCUGUGGUAAAUACGCAAGUUCUGACUCAGGGCUUUUUAACAACUUAAACACAUUCACAAUAUUCUUCAGCACAUCUUGGAGAAUACUAGAGAUUUAAUGACUGUACAGUGCCUUGAUAGAACUAUUGAAUGGGCAGCAGCCAUAGGGUCUUCACAAGAAUGCAAGUAUCUUUUCAAUCCAGUUAGUGAGUUGAUGUUAAUAUAGUUGUAAUGCCCUCGCCAUGGAUUUAUAAACUUGUAUAUAUUUUCUGUAAAGGAAAAUUGGCAAAUUUAGAUAUUGUUAAGCUUUCUGAAAGCUGUUUAAUUGUUGCACUGGUCAUGAGGAUCUGAAGGGCAUAAUAUUCAAAUUUAAAGAAGCAGCUUUUGUGUCAAAGACGGCUGAGAAAAUUUUCUGUAUGUGACAUUUUUAGUGUGAGGAAGAGGUAAUUGUAUAACAUAUAAAAGUACCUGCUUCACUAUGAUCUGGUAAAUCUUCUGUAAGCAAGAGAGAAAUAACCAAUAACAAAUCAGUAUGUUUGCAUGCAGUUUCAUAGUUAGAAAGCUUUGUGUCAUUUUGAGCUUCUAGAAAUACUUAAUUUGUCCCAGCCUUAGUGUCUGUAUGAAUGCAAACUGUUCAUGUUAGCAAACAGUUUUUACUGAAUCACAAGAAGCGUUUUUGCUUUUGUUAAAACUAACUUUGUAUUUUCUGUAAACUGUAGAUUUUGACAUGACUGUUUAUUGGAGAAAUUUAAGGUUGCCUGUGUGAAUGUAGUGUAAUUCUGUAUGCAGAUAGCAUUAUAUAAUUGCUUACUUUAAAACUGCUUAGCAAGGUCUAAGCUUUUCAAAGGAAAUGCUGAUGUACUGUAUGGUUAGUAAAACUUGUCAUAUAAGAUGUAUACUGACUUUUUGAAGAGCUUUGAUUUAAAAGUAUAGUUGGGCUGAAUUAAUACUCAUAUUUUGCACACAACAUUGGAAAGGGGGUGGUGGCUCAAAUGUCUUCCUCCUGAGUUGUAAUGAUGUUAGAUGUCACCAUGGAAUUUGAAAAUUGGAUACCGAAAAGGUAUUUGCAAACUUGGUUACUUGUUGGCAUACAAUGUUUAAAAGAGCACCAGACUUUAUUGAGAAAUUUUGCAGUCCAAAGUUCUUUAAAAAACUGUUUCUUUUAUAAUAUGUUCCUGAAGAAUGAGUUUGUGGAAGCAUCAGAAGUGCUAUGUGCCUUUGAAUCUCCAAGGUACUCAAACAUUGUUAAAGCAGCACAGUAGAAGUUCAAAGGGUGGAUUAAGUUGUAACAACAGAAAGGUUGAUUUAAAAUUAUCUCUGGAUUAUGUGCAAAUUUUUCUGUAAAUAUGCAGUUCAUAGUACUGUUCUACUGACCCAAGUUGCUGUUAAGUGUUUGUUAGACUCUGUGUUUACUUGUAAUUGAAUGGCCUUUACAGAUCUGGCUACGUGAAUGUGAUCAUUUAAACAUCUCCUGCCAGAUACAGUAACUUCCAUAUUCUGAGACAACGGAUGCUGCAUCAUGGUUUGUACUUUUAGGAUUCAAUUUAAUGGAUGCAUUUGUAAAAAAAAAAAAAAAAAGCCUAUGUAAUCAAAGGCAACAAAACCAACCAGACUUAUAUGGCUUAGUGUUUUUAUUUGUCCUAGUGUACAGGUGAAAAAAGGAACUGACAGAAUAAAAAGUUUGUUGCUCUCUUUCUCA